UAGACUAAACUACAAAAACGAAAACAAAACGAGAAGUUAGCGAAAUCAUCAAAAUAACGAUGGUGCCCACUAUUCAUUAAAAAAACAAGAAGAAAACGAGCUUUUUUGGUUACAAGUAUUUAUAACGAACGAUUUUAAAAUAACCCUACCGUAAAAUAGAAAAAAAAAUCGAUACAACCUAUGAAUACUCUUCAGCGGCUUAGAACUCCUACCUUACGCUUAGGAAAUAUUUUAGUCAACAUGGGGACAGAAACUGGUGUGGUCGCUAAUUCUAUUCAGAAUAAACUGCAGACUGCGCUAGAAGCUACCCAUUUGGAGGUGAUAAAUGAAUCUUAUAUGCAUAAUGUACCAAAAGGUGCAGAAACCCAUUUCAAAGUUGUUGUGGUGUCUGAUAAAUUUGAUGGACUUGCUCUAAUCAAGAGGCAUCGUUUAGUGAAUGAUAUAUUAAAAGAAGAAUUAAAGAAUGGUGUUCAUGCAUUGUCAAUUGUAGCAAAAACAACAAAACAAUGGGAUGAGAGUGAAAAGAUUGUUGAGAGUAGCCCCAGCUGUAGAGGUGGCUUCGGGAAAUAGACACUAAAGUUUAUUGUUUGUUAUAGAAUAUUACCUAAAAUUAUCAU